AUGUCAACCUUUUAGAGAUUUAAAGACGACACAAAGCAACUAUUUCAACUCUAGUAAACAAUUAAAGAAGGAGUUAACAAGGAUAUAUUAGUGAAUCAAACUUUACCUUCUCUAUAUAAAAGAUAGCAAUCAAUUCAAAGCCCUGUAAAGCUACCGAAAAUAGAAAAUGCUAGCAUAAAUAAUCUAAGCAAUUUGAAAUAAAGUAGAAAUUUGUCUCCAAAAGGUUAUAUUAACAAUACAAAUGAAGAGAGGCUUUUCAGAUAGACUCUAAAUAAUUAGAAAUAAGACAUAAACUCAUAUACUAGCAGACAUAGAAGAAACUUUUCCUUUACUAAUACGAUCUUAAAUAAUGUUUCACAGCAAAUUUACAGGGAUUAAUACGAUCAAUAUAAUGGUAUCAUGAUGUAACCAAACAAAGCAAAAUUAUUAAAGAGAAUAAACUAGAGAUCAACAAACUAUACUACAAUCAAAACCACUUUGGAUGGCUCUUUUAAUCAAACAUAUUAGAACAGUCCCAGAACUUCUCUGUUAAAAGAUGACUCUUUACGCAGAGACUAUGAACUUAACGAUUUUUUAUAGUAAGACAAAAGAAUGCGCUUUAACUUAAAGGAGAUGACAACUGAUCAUACUAUAUAGACUACUACUCUUAGAAAAGAAAGACUAAAGAUUUCAAUUGAAAGAAUGAAGCAGAAGGCAUUAAAAUUGCAAGAAACUACGAGGGAGCUAGACAAAAAAUAUCAAUUGAUUGAUGAAUACCAAAGCUAAUUUGGCGUAUAAUUGUCGCCAAGAGAGUUGUAGCAAAUAAAGCUCAACGUUAUCAACAAUUAAAAGCUAUUAUUCAUUUUGUAAAAGCGUAAAGAAAAUGUUAUCUAAGACUAGGCUGCAUACAGAAUAUAGAGGUUUUUUAAGAGAUUCAAAAUAAGACAAAUAUUCAUAAAUGGAUAUAGACAAAGGGUAUAAGCUGCAUUAAAGAUACAAAGAAAAUGGAAAUCAUCUAAAUGGAUAAGACUUAUACCUUAUUUAAAAGGAAGAAGGCGCAAUAUGCAGGCGAUAGUUAUUCAAAAAUAUCUAAGAGGAUACAGAGCUAGAAAAAUAAUUAUAAAGCAAAUGGUAUAGGAAAAGAUAGACAUAAGUUACAAUUAUUUCAAUCAAAUAAAAGAAAAAUUAUACUCAGACGCACAAAUUACAAUUGCAUAUUACUGGAAAAGGUUUAAAAAGAUGUAGUUACUAGAACAAGAAAGAAUCUAAUUAGAGAAAUAGGAGCAAUUGAAAAAGAGCAAGAAAAAAGGUGCACCAGCUGAUCAAGAAAAGGUUUCAUUAGAUAAGUUAUCGAAUCUUAGAUUCCAAAGGUCAAAUCCAGGUCCUCAAAAUUAGGGAACUAAAGGUGGAGAAUCUCUUAAAAAUAACUUAAAUCCAAAUUAAAUCAAGUUGAAAGUUAAUCAAACUCCUAAUAAACCUCAAUAAAACUAGGUUAUAUCAAAUCUUUAAGCAAAAAUAAAAAUUCAAACUCAUAAAUCAGGUAUUGAAGUAACAAAUAUUUAAAAGUUUGAGACUAAGUCACCAGCCCAUAUUAGUAAUUAAAAUCAAGCAAUUCAAGGGUCAUUUGCAAAUGCUAAUGCAAACAGUAACCCUCCUAGUUAAUAACUUUAAUCAAAGAUAAUUGAAUUAAUAAAAAAAGAAUCAAAGCACUCUGAUAGUCAAAACAAUAGUGGACGAAGUUCAGCAGCCCAUUCACCAAUUGAAAGGAAAAAGGACAAAGUAAAAUUUUAAAAUAAGUUACUUUCAAAUGUAAACAGCAGCCAAAGUAGAUCAAUCAUUAUUGAUUAAGAUGCAUAAAAUCAUCAUCUUCAAAAAAGCUUUAAUAGUUCAUAAUUCAACAAAAGUAGGGUAUAAUUACCAUCACCAAUUCAAUAGCAAUAGCAUUAAUAAAUUAAGAAAAAUGAAAUGAUUCAGCCACAAGUUUAAGUCCCUUAAUAAACUGAGCAAAUAUAAUAGGAGUUAGUUUAAUUGACCAUAUAAAAUUUACAAAGUGAAUAGUAAUAGAUAGAAUCAGACAGAGAAAGUGAGACAGAAAGUAACUUAUUACUUAAAGCUAGAAGGGAUGAUGUUUUCAUUGAUAACCAAUUGCUAGAUAAUAGCGAAUCUGAUUUAGAUCCAGAUAAAAUUUAGAAACUUGUGAUUCUCUCUUAAAAAGCUAGUAUGAUUAGAAUUCUAGGGGAUGAAAAUCAAAGUUUAUCAGAAACAUAGCAGCAAGAAUAAUGA